AACAUUUUCAAUGAGUCGCCAUGUUAGGAAGCCAAACCGCUCUUUCUUUUGGUUAGGUCAGGAUAGUUUUCUUAAGUAUUGGUUGUUGUUGUCUUAAAUAUAAAACGAUUCCUUUACGCAAGUGGAAUCUUGAUUUGAUUUUGGAAUUGUCUUUGAUACAAAUUAUUUAAACACUACAAUGGCGACUACGGUUGCAACUCCUACCGGUCAGAGAAGCACGUGUGGCAGCGGUACGCCGCUGAGCCCGACCAGGAUAACUAGAUUACAGGAGAAGCAACAGCUCCGGGACCUGAACGACCGCCUGGCCGUUUACAUAGACAAGGUUCGCAGUUUGGAAUCUGAAAAUGACGUACUCCGCCUGCAAAUUGACGAGAAGGAAGAUGUGAGGAGUCGUGAGGUAACUGGACUGAAGGCACUGUAUGAGACGGAGCUAGCCGACGCCAGAAGGUGUUUAGAUGACUCUUCCAAGGAGCGGGCCUGGCUACAGAUAGAGCUGGGAAACAUCACAUCCCAGUAUGAGCAACUUCUGCAGAACUAUAACAAGAAGGACUCUGAGGCAGCAGGAAGUCAGGCCAGGCUGAAGGACUUGGAGGCUCAGCUGAACACUAAAGAGGCUAUGCUGGCUACUGCACUGUCUGAAAAGAAGGCCCUGGAUGUCACACUGGCCGAUCUGCAGGAACAGCUACAGGAGCUGGAUGCAGGUCUUGCUCAGACCAAGAAGCACCUUUCAGAUGAGAUGCUCCUGCGCGUUGACUUGGAAAACCGCUGCCAGAGUCUGACUGAGGAAUUAGACUUCCGUAAGAGCAUGCAUGAGGAGGAAGUGAAGGAGACCCGGCAGCGCUAUGAGAGCCGAAUGGUGGAGUUGGAUUCUGGAAGGAAGGAAGAGUAUGAAUUUAAACUGACUCGGGCCUUGGCUGACAUGAGGGCUCAGACUGAGGAGCAGCUCAAGGUCUACAAGGAGAACAUGGAGAGCACCUAUAUAGCUAAACUCGAAGACCUGCAUUGUUUAUCAGAGAUGAAUGGAGCGUCAGCCAGCGUGGCUCGAGAGGAACUCAGAGAGUCUGCUCUCAGGAUUGAGAGCCUCACUGCGCAGCUGGCAGGUCUGCAGAAAGAGACUCGUGGUUGGCGUGAUCGUAUAGCAGAGCUGGAGGCAGCAUUGGGACUGGAGAAAGACACGAGCCGCAAGCUGCUGGCAGACAAAGACCGUGAGAUGGCAGAGGUCCAAGCCAAGAUGCAGCAACAGCUUGAAGAGUAUGAGCAGUUGCUUGACGUUAAACUGGCUCUGGACAUGGAGAUCAAUGCCUACCGCAAGCUUCUGGAGGGAGAAGAAGAAAGGCUAAAGCUGUCUCCGAGUCCUUCAUCUCAUGUAACAGUGUCCCGAGCCUCAUCCAGCAGUCGCAGUGUGCGCACCACUCAGGGAAAGCGAAAGCGCAUUGAUGUGGAGGAACAGGAAGCCAGCAGCUCAGUGUCAAUAGCACACACUGCCUCAGCCACAGGACCCAUCUGCAUUGAUGAGAUUGAUACAGAUGGCAAAUUCAUCUGCGUUCAUAAUGGCGGAGAUGAGGACCAGGCAAUGGUGGGUUAUGAGAUCACCAAAACCACUGGAAAUGCUUCAGCUACCUACAAGUUUACUCCUAAAUAUGUGCUGAAGGCUGGCCAGAAAGUGAUGAUUUGGGCAUCUGAUGCUGGUGUGAGCAGCAGACCUCCUACAGACCUGGUGUGGAAGAACCAGUCCUCCUGGGGUUCAGGGGAAGAUGUUCGUGUAGUGCUCAUCAAUCCUCAGGGAGAGGAGGUGGCAAAGAGAACUACUACAUAUAACACUGCAGUAGAAGAGCAGGGUGAGGAAGAUGAUAAUGGAGUAGAGCCCAUUGAGGAAGGUGCUUUCCACCAGCAGGAAAAGCCUUCCACUGCCAAGAGAGGCUGCUCCAUCAUGUGAUCUGGCUGCACUAACCAGUCUUCACUACCACCUCCUCUGAGCCCAGCCAGUCUGCUGCCAACUGUAAUACAAGAAGUAUUUUUCUAUCUUUUGUAGUAAUUUCAGUAAAAUUGCAUGAUUUCAUGUCUGUCAAAACUGGAUUUUGUAGACCUUCAUCUGAACAAUCAUCAUACAUUGCAUUUCAGGACCUUCUUUCUUGAAUCUGUAGUCAAACCCAAAUUUUUACCCUUAUGUUUUAUUAUUGCUGAUGUUUUUUAUUUGUUUUUUAAAUUACAGUAAAGCCACAAGAUUGAGAGGGUAGGCUUUAAAUCAGUGUUUUAAUUGGUAAAUAUGUAGUGUUGUUUUUUUUUUGUUUGUUUGGAGGGCGGGGGGGUAAACCAACCAACCAACAUGGGUGGGAGGGCAUAAAAAGAUAUUAGUUACCCAGAACUGAAAGGAAUCAAUUACAAUGGACAAAAUAUUCAAAUUACACAACACAGAAUACUCUUGACAGGCACCCAUUUAGUAGAUUGCAAACAACUGAAAAUGCCAUGAUUGUAUUUAUAAGGAAGUCAGGACAGUUUGUUGCAGCUGUUAAUUUCCCUUGAAAUGCUUUCCUAAAGAAUGAAAAUUUACUUUGUUUACUCCUGUUGGUAGUAUGUAGUAAUGAUUGGACACUACAAACAUGCACUGAAAGCAAAAACCUGUAUUUUUGACAGUGACUUAUUUCUGUGAAUUAGUCUUUGACGGAUGCAGCUGUCUUUGACAGGGCAUUUAACUGUGACGUUAUGUAACACAAGUUCCUCUUUGCUGACUUUGAGCAUUAAGCAUUGCUUUGCUUAAUGCUGAUUGUUUUCUUUUGAUAUUUGAAAUACUUUUUUGUGUGGCAUUUUGCUUGCUGUGGCUGUAUUUGUAUUAAAUGAAUAAAUGUUUUCCUGUA